UUAAAACUUUACUGAAAAAAUAUAGAGGAAAAAUGGCAGCAGUGUAAAAGCGGUCCCCUAGCAAGUUUUGGGGGCGGAAACAAACAAUGGAGGAAAGAACAACAUCCACUGCAACAGAGACAACAAAAGACGAUGACGUUUGGUCUAAAGACACAGUCCCCAAGGUUUUCAAACUCGUUUCUUCCUCCACUUCUUCUCUCACUCACACUGACCUAGUUUCUCUCCUCCUCGUCAACCCCUUCCUCUAUCGCACCCUUCUCUCUUCUCAACCCCUUUGGCAAUUACUCAAUUUUCGUGAGUUGAAUAAUGCCGGAAAUCGCCUCAUAGCUGCUCUUUCUCUGCCUAGAUAUAGUCAUGUGAAGGAGAUUAACCUUGAAUUUGCUAGAGACAUUGAAGACACACAUCUCAUACUUAUUAAACAAAAGUGUUUUGAUUCUCUUCGAAGCUUGGAGACUUUAAAUCUGAAUGUCUGCCAAAAAAUAUCGGAUACUGGAACUGAAGCGAUAACCAGUUGUUGUCCUCGGCUAAAGAACUUUUCCAUUUACUGGAAUGUGAGGGUAACUGAUAGUGGACUAAUGCAUAUAGUGAGGAACUGCAAACAUAUUGUUGAUUUGAAUAUAAGUGGCUGUAAGAAUAUUUCAGACCGAGGUGUACAAUUUGUUGCUGACAAUUACCCAAAAUUAGAGUCACUAAACUUGACAAGGUGCGUCAAGUUAACCGACGAAGGGCUGAAGCAGUUGUUGCAGAAAUGCCUAUCCCUUCAAAGUUUGAAUCUCUAUGCAGUGUCUAGUUUCACAGAUGAGGCUUACAGAAAAAUUGGCCUUCUGACACAUCUCACGUUUUUGGAUCUCUGUGGUGCCCAGAAUCUUUCAGACGAAGGACUUGAAUGUAUUUCGAAAUGCAAGAACCUUGUAUCCCUCAAUCUGACUUGGUGUGUACGUGUGACCGACAAGGGAGUUAUAGCCGUUGCUCAGAGUUGCACCUCUCUUGAAUUUCUAAGCUUAUUCGGAAUAGUUGGCGUGACCGAUAAAUGUCUGGAGGCACUCUCAAACUCAUGUUCCAACAGCAUUACAACCCUUGAUGUGAAUGGAUGUAUCGGCAUUAAGAAACGAAGCCGUGCUGAUUUGCUUCAGUUGUUUCCAUACUUGAAAUGCUUUAAAGUGCAUAGUUAAUUUGUGGUCAGUAAAACUUUGGUAACAAAAGUAGUCUAUUUUUUCGAACGGAGCAAAUUAAUCUCUAAAGCUGUUAUUUUUAAGCUAUGUAACAGACACUUCAGAUUGAAUACGCAUUCGGUGUCCAACAACACAUGUACUUACAUUGAAUUAUACAUUUUUUCAUAUCAUGUUAUUUGUGAAGUAAACAAAA